UCUCAUAACAGACAAUUCUUUAACGGAAAUCAAAGCUGGUUGUGAUCUUUAUUUUUUGCGUUGUAUUUAAAAUUUAAGUCUUUUCAAAAUAUUUAUUUAUUCUUUAUCAUAUCUAAUAAUAGGAGCAUUGUUUUCCAUAUAUUUUCAUGUACCUAGGUGUAAAGGUUUCUUCAAAAGAACAGUCCAGAACAAGAGAGUGUAUACGUGUGUAGCCGAUGGUAAUUGCGAGAUUACUAAGGCACAAAGGAAUAGAUGUCAAUAUUGUCGUUUUCAAAAAUGUCUACGGCAAGGAAUGGUUCUAGCGGCGGUUAGAGAAGAUAGAAUGCCAGGAGGAAGAAAUUCUGGUGCGGUUUAUAAUUUGUACAAGGUAAAAUAUAAAAAACACAAAAAAGGUCAGAAAAACGGCCACGUUCGUCAGGAACAGCAAAAACUUCAACCUCGCUAUCCUACUCAAGAUUGGGCAAAUGGGCAAAUUUUAAAAACGGCUCUAACCAAUCCUGCAGAUGUCAUCCAUCUAAGACACAGAAUAGAGAAUUUUCGUCAUUGUCAGAUGCCCACCGAGCAAGCAGUCGCCAUGAUAACCCAAUUAAUAGACUGUGAUGAUUUCGAAGAUGUAGCUACACUAAAAAACAUCCAAGAACUUUUAGAUGCAAAAUCGGAAUUAACUGAAAAAUUAUGUCAAAUAGGAGAUAACAUUGUUUAUAAAUUGGUGCAGUGGACCAAGAGAUUGCCUUUCUAUAGGGAACUCCCCGUAGCCGUCCACACUCAAGUAAGUUUUCAAUCUUAAAACUACCUGUUACACAAACUAAGUCUUAGAAACGGUUAAACAAACAUAAAAAUCAGUUCAAAUAAUUAAGAAAUUGUAUUUAAUUAGCGGCUUAACAAUAGAAAUAAAAAGCAAAGAAACUAUACAAAUCGCAAGCUGUUUGUCAAUUUAAAUAAAUGAAUAAAUAGAAGAAACAAGUGAAUGAUCUCCAUAACUAAACUAUAAAAUUAUACCUAAACAAUUUUAGUUUAAGGUAUCCUGAUUAUGCUGCUUGUUUAUUACAUUAUCACGAAUUCAUUCAAUCAGUCUCCAACCAUAACCUUUAUUUAAAUCUAGGGUUCAAAGAUUCAGAUAAUACCUAAUUUCCAUACAAAUAACUUUCAUAUUUCCGAUUUUAUGUUUAUAUCUCGAUAAAAACCAGCUUGUAUAAACAAUAGUUUUACUGUAUAUAAAAUUACA